ACUAUUUUUUUGAAAAUUUACUAAAUUUUCCUAUGAAAUAAUAACAUAUCUAAUUAACAGUGAUGUCGUCUACUGUCUAAUUAAUUUAUCACUUUAUAUUCAUGUUUCAAAAAAAAAUUACGUCAGUUUUGAUUUUGAAGGCAAACAAUUAACAAUUUUUUACUUUUUAAACAAAUCAGUUACAAAAAAAUAUGCGCAUGUAGAAAAUUGAAAAACUAUAGAAAUUUUUUGAAUUUUUUUUUUUGUCGUUUUGGAAAAAAAUCAAAAACUUAUUAGACUUCAGUAUCUUGUCAGUUUGCCGCCCAAGAGGAAUUAAUAUUUACGCUGCCGAUUUCGUAUCUUCAGUAGCAAAAUUAAACAUUUAUUUUACCUUUCGUAUGCGCGGGAAUCGAGUAUACUUUUGAAAAUGUACAUCUGUUUAUACAAUUUACUGUCAAUAAUUAUAUCAAGCAAAACCAUGUCUAAGACAAAUUAUUUAAGUAAAGUGAAAUAAAAUGUUUAAAUUUCAAUAAAGUGGACUGUCAGCUUUGCUGCAGCAGCGACGUAGGAUUAAAUAAAAAAAUUUGGUUCUUAAAUUUCCGCGUGCUGCAGUGCCCAGAGUAUAUUUGACCGCAUUGAGCCUAUAUAUACAUUUAGUCGAGCUACAGCACAAGCGCAUGAUAUUUCUCUAUACUCAUCAUAUGAAGUAACAUGCGGACAUAUAAACUAAAAUAGUAUUUAUUAAUUAAGACUACGUGAUGAACUGUUGUUUCAUUUAUCGGGUCACUGUAUAUACAAAACGUCAUAUAGUAGUCUGAUUAUAAAAUAAUUUUUACUGUACAUAUAUUUUGUAUGACACCCGAUUUUAAAAAUGAAUAUACGACGAAUUCCAGGAUUUAUUUAUCACAAUAAAUAUUUUACCGGCGGUAUUUUAUUCACAUUUAUUUUAAUUAUUUACUUACUCUACCACUGGGGCAUUAUCUGUUCAAAUUUUGAAGCACGGCGACAAGUGUCAGACGUGUGUAAUAAUUAUGAAAAUGGGAUGGCUAUGGGAGUUUUAUGUGAACCCUUAUGUUUAAAACAGAGUAUUCAUUCUUUUACCUGUGAAAAUCUGCAUUCUGGUAAAGAAGUUGUUUUCUCAGCGUAUUGGGAGACUACGAGAAUUGUAUUUAAAUCUUCCAAAAAACGAUUGCCAUCAGAACAAUACGAAUCGCUCCAUUGGAUUGAUACUCUUGGAUACAAACACUAUCCAUCAGAAAAAGAAUUUGAAAAAAUGAUAAGUGACUUAGUAUUUACAAGGCUCAAUAUAACUAUUGGUAAUAGACAACUAGAAAGAUUAAGUCAUUUACGACUGGGUCAUUUAGAGACUGAUGAAACGAGACGUAACUUUGAAAUGGAAAAUAUUUGGUCGCUUCUACAGGAAAACGAAUAUCUUAUUUCGAUUCUUUACGAAGACAGAGAAAUAUUCCCACGUUUAAUUGGAACAUGUGGAACUUUUUAUGCUGUUGAAUAUGCGAUGCCAAUUAAAAAUCCAACAACUGCCUUAGCUCUUUUAGACACGACGCACGAUUGGUCAAAAAGACUUCAAAUCGCCAUAAUGAUUUUAGAUCUAAUAGACGAGUUAGAGAAUAAUUUUCCAGAGUCUUUUAUUCUUUGUGACGUUAAGAUCUAUCACUUUGGACUUCCUAUUGGUGGUCAACGUCUCAAAUAUCUGGAUCUUGAUGCUGUGUUUCCUAAAGCAGUUGCUAGUCGUUUGACUGCAGAUGGACGGACAUGUAUCAAACACAAUGACUGUGAUUAUUUUGACUGCAAAUCUGUCUGUUCUGUUAAUAAACUCUGUGAGUCGCCUGUGAUUAAUAACAACUUACAGAUAGUUUGCGAAAAAGUUUUCCUUGGCUGGACACUUUCAGGUACGAUCAUAAUACCUGGAUUACUCAUGUCUCGAAAAACUAAUGAAAACCUUACAGCUUUACUCAACCAAUGUGCGCACAUUGGACGUCCACGAUACAUUAAUUUUGAGAAUUUAUCAAAGAUAUCAACUCCAUUGACCAUAAAAACAAAACUUUAUGAUAUACUGACUGAUAUGGUUCGACAUUACGCAGCUUCUAUAUAGAUAAUAGUUUAUUAUUAUUUAUUUUUUAAAAUAAAUGUCUCCGGCCUUAAUAGUGUUACGAUUAUUUUAAAGAAUAGUAUUUAGUUAAUUAUAAUUACUCGUUAAUAUUAACGAAUAGCGCAUUAAGAUAUUUAAUUAGGUCUCAAAAAUAAGUCAAAGAGUAAAAAUACAAAAAUCUACUCAAGGACCAAUAGUUGAAUAAAUAUUUUUAUUUAUUAACUAAUUAAUUAUUGAUAGUCUCAAAUAAUUUACGAUAGUCCAAUUUUUUCCAUUAAAUUACUUAUGAAAUAUUUUUAAUUUAUGAGAAGAGUAAGCAAAUAUUUUAGUUAAAAAAUAGCAACUACAAUAAUGAGUACGUUAUAAAAAAUCGGGAGUGAAUUCGGAGUGAUUAUGAAUUUUGUUUAAAUUUGAAUUCACUUGGAGUUCCUGAAUUUUAGAAAAAAUCACUCCGCUAACGGAGUAAAUGAGGAGUUUUUUUCCUACGGAGUGAUUUCAGACUGAUCUGGAUUUUUUUAAAAUCCGCAUUGACUCUACACUGUAAAAAAUUUCGGUGUAAAAAUGGACCCGGAGAACAAUACACGGCCGUGUAGUAUGAAAUAACGGUGUAAAAUUCGCUCGGUGUAAAUUUUCCAUUCGUGUAAUUUUUCCACAGUGUAAUCUACUUUUUUUACACCAUUCCGUGUUACUCGGUGUAAUUUUAAUUAAUGAGCAACAAACAAUCAUUGAAUAUUUUUAACUACUUAAUCAAUAACUACAUUGAUUUUAUUUAGAUAUUAAAUAGUAUUUUGAACAUUUCAAUAUUUUUAUGAUUAAUUUUCUCAAUGCAAAAUGAUCAAGAAUUAUACAUUUACACGUUUGGCGGUGUAAAAAUUUUAAAUUCACACCGCCUAAAUUUUUACACCGAGACAUUUACACUACAUCGGGUCCAAAAAAUUUUUUACAGUGUAAUUCGGAGUUUUAAUAGUAAAAUAAACUCCCUUUAGGAGUGAAUUUCACUUCGAGCUGGAGUUUCAAAAUUACAAUUAACUCCCCUUCGGAGUAAAUUUUACUCCAAGGAUAUUAAAUAAAUAUACAGUCAAUUCACUCCGUUACUUGGAGUUUUAAAAAAUACUCUGCAUACGAAGUAAAUGAAGAGUUUGUUUUUCCCACAGAGUGAUUUCGGAGUCAUCUGGAUUUUAUUUACAUCUGCAUUUACUCCGAACCGAAGUUUUAAAACUAAAAUAAACUCCUUCUAGGAGUGAAUUUCACUCCAAUCCGGAGUUUAAAAAUUAUAACAAACUUCUCUUGAGAGUGAAUUUUACUCCAAGGGUAUUAAAUAAAUCCACAGUCAUCUGCUCCGCAUUCUCUCCGAAUUUACUCCGCAAAUUUUCUACAGUCUAGAUGUAAUUAAUUGCUUAGUUGUAUGCUCAGUAAAUUAUUACAAUCCAUUUAUUAUCAAUAAAAAUAAA